AUGACCAAAGAACACUACAAUCCUCCUCCAGGACCUCCACCUGGUUGGAGCAAAAGGCAAGAGGCAUCAUCAGAGAUCUACGCGCCACCUCCAGGUCCACCACCAGGCUACCAAAGACACAAUGAGAAGGCCAAUAUGGAUCAACAAUUUGCACCACCGCCAGGACCGCCUCCAUCUCAUCGCCAUGAAGACCCUCUGGACCAAACAGCUCCACCGGACUAUGCUCCGUGGUUGUCAGUACCUGAUACGAGUCUACUACCGCCAGCCCCUGCUGUGACGCACGAUUUCUCACCAACUGCGAAUGCAACCCAGUAUUCGGCCGAACAGGCGAAGGAAUGGUGCAAUCGUAAUCGUCUGUACCCACCUGGCCAGAUUCCAGCCUCAGUCCAUGAAGACUUCCGCAUUCAUGGUUUUACCUUCAGCCAGCCUCCGCCAAACUUUGCAGGUGAGUUGACGAGGGCAAUGCGGCAGCGCAAUACCUGGUCUGUUCGCACACGUAAGAACUGCGAGGACUGUAUUCUUACUACCUCCGCCCCUCUUUAUUCUGCAAAUCUCAAUGAUCCUCUGAGAACGAACGGGAGAGCCUUCACGAUCUACUUUGAGGUUCGUGUAACCCGUAUGGGCUCUGAUUCUGGAGGUGAGGGUGAUGCUGGAAUUGCUAUUGGCUUUGUUGCUCCGCCGUAUCCACCCUUUCGUCUACCAGGUUGGGAACGUGGCAGUCUCGGCGUGCAUGGCGAUGACGGUCGUCGUUACAUCGACGAUGAUGGCGGUGGUCAGGACUUCACGACUUACUUUAAAGAUGGCGAGGUGGUCGGCAUUGGUAUGAAUUUCAGACCAGCACAGUUCCCUGGCCGCAAAAGAAAUGUCGAAGUCUUCUUCACCAGAGAGGGUCGGAAGGAAGGAGGCUGGAACAUGUACGAGGAGCGUGAUGGAGAUGACUGUGGCAGCCUCGUCGGUCUAGAGGGUGAUCACGAUUUGAUGGCUGCGGUAGGCAUGUUCGGUCAGGUUGAUUUUGAAGUGAGAUUCCGCCGCGAAGAAUGGCUGUAUCGUCCUUGA